AAUGUCAUAAUACUAGGUUAAGAAUUAUAAUUUUCGCGGUCGCCAUGUAUCUAAAUCAAAGUUAAAACAUUGCUCUAUAAGACCAAGAAAGGAAUUUUAAGAUUAUUUUACUUUCAAACGAUUUUUAAGCUUGUUUCUUAGACCAUUACAUAUGCUAACAAAUGACACAUUUCUAGACCUUGAUCGAUGAGAGUUGCAUGUUUUUCAAAAAACGAGAAAUUGUGGAGCUGCUUCAAACUAUGCGUGAUAAUUUUUGGACAAUAGAAAUGAUAAGAGACUCAAAACUUAAAAAGGUGUAUGUGCGAUACCACGACAUUUUGAGAAAUAAGUGCUUAUUUUAUAUCGGUAUUUACUUGUCAACUGUUGUGUCUUUCUUCGUUGGACCACUUCUAAGUGAAGGAGAAGUUCUCAGCUAUGAGUGCUACCGACCACCAUGGCUUACGUAUCACCAACUUCUAUGUGUUGUGAACAUUUGCGGAACGACCAUCACCCUGUUUACUCUAAUACCAGUAGACAUGUUAUUCAUGAGCGUAAUCACUCUUACAACAAUGCAAUUCCUUCUGUUGAAUGAGGAGCUACAAAAUGUGGUCCAAGAUGAGAUUGAGGGUAAAGACGUUGAGAGAACGAUAAGGAGGUGUAUCAGGCAUCACAGUUUUUUACUGAACUAUAUGAGACGAAUAAAUGAAGUGUUCUCGAUGAGGCUGGUUCUAUUUUUUGGCAUAAUUUUGAUAACCAUGUGUCUAGAAAUGUACAGAUCAACCUGCCCAGACUCCGACUGGAAAACGUUUGCAGAAUCUAUACUAUAUACAACUUCGGGUCUAUAUGAGUUUUUGUCUUGUUACUGCUUCCCAGUACAAUUCCUAAUAAAUCAGGCUGACAAAGUUAGUGAAAUAAUAUACCAAACAAAUUGGUACAAAUCGAGGUACAGAGGCCAGUCCGCUUUUUUCAUGAUACUGCUUGGUCAGAAAGGAGUAAAAAUCGCAGCUGGUGGUGUAGUUAAUAUAGAUUUCGCAACAGGGCUGAGUACUGUUAAGACCAUGGUUUCCUACUGUAUGUUCCUGAAAUCUAUCGACAUUGACUGAACAAUUGCAAAUGGUUCUGUAAGCCUUCCUUUCCGCAAAAAGUCCAG